AUGUUGGGGGAUGGCCCCUGGGCCAGCAGGAAUCUGGUGUUUCAGGAAGCAGUGACAUUCAAGGAGGUGACUGUGGACUUCACCCAGGAGGAGUGGGAACACCUGGACCCUCUUCAGAGGGACCUCUACAAAGAUGUGAUGUUGGAGAACUAUAGGAACCUGGUCUCCCUAGACUGGGAGACUAAAUACCAGACCCAAAAGUCAUCUCAAAAGCAAGAUUUCACUGAAGAAGUUUAUCAACCGGAGAGAUUAGUGGAGGUGCUCACCAGAGAAGUUGUUCACAUAGGUUAUAUGUUUGGAAAAGCUCCUAAACAGGGGAGCAAGUUUUUGAGCCAAGGAGAAAAUCUUGCAGAGGAAACUCCAAAGAAAUAUGAUAGCCAAGAAAAUGAUUUCCUACAAGUCAUAGUCUCUAGCAAAAAAAACUUUGCUAUACAUAAAAGCCAUGAAUACAAUGAAUUUGACAGAACCUUCAAUCAGGGCAGCUGUAAACAGACAAAAAAUUGGAAUUGUAGUGAAUGUGAGAAUAUAUUUAGUUAUCACCCAACCCUUACUCAAACUCAGACACUAAAUGGAAAAGAGAAACCCUGCCAAUGUGAGGGAUGUGGGAGAGCCUUCAGUAUUAAUGCAGAGCUUGGUGAACAUAAUCAAAUACAUGCUGGAGAGAAACCUUAUGAAUACAAUGAUUAUGAGAAAGAUUCUAGCCACAGCUCAUUUCAUAUAAAAUCACUGAACUCUGGAGAGAAAUCCUAUGAACAUAGAGAAUAUGGGAAAGCAUUCAAUCACAGAACAAGCUUUGUAUAUCAGAGAAUUCAUACUGAAGAGAAACUCCAUGAAUGUCAUGAAUGUUGGUGUUCCUUCAGUCAGAGGUCUAGUCUUAUUCAUCACCAGAAAGUUCAUUCUCCAGGGAACCCUUAUAAAUGCAAUGAAUGUGGAAAAGUCUUCAGUACUGGUGGAAGCCUCAUUGAACACCACCGAAUGCAUACUAGAGAGAAACCCUAUGAAUGCAGUGAAUGUGGGAAAGCAUUUAGCCACAAACCAUAUCUUAUUCAACAUCAGAAAAUUCAUACUGCCUUUCGAGAUAGCUCAUCUCUUAUUAACCAUCAGCGAAUUCAUACUGGAGAGAAGCCCUAUGAAUGUAAGGAAUGUAGGAAAGCCUUCAGUCGGAAAACAAACCUUACUGUUCAUGAGCGAAUUCACACUGGAGAGAGACCCUAUGAAUGCCAUGAAUGUGGGAAGACAUUCAGUCAGAGGUCUAGCCUUAUUCACCAUCAGGUAAUUCACCAUGGAGAGAAUGGCUACAAAUGCAAUGAAUGUGGAAAAGCCUUCAGUAUUGAAGCACACCUGAUUGAACACUGCCGGAUGCAUACUGGAGAAAAACCAUACGAAUGCCAUGAAUGUGGGAAAACUUUCAGCCGGAGUUCAUCGCUUACUCAACAUCAGAGAAUUCAUACUGGACAAAAACCCUAUAAAUGUACAGAAUGUGGGAAGGCCUUCUGUAGGCGCACACAUCUUACUCAACAUCAAAGAAUUCAUACUGGAGAGAAACCUUAUGAAUGUAGCAAAUGUGAGAAAUCUUUCAGUGACCGAUCAUCCCUAAGUCAACAUCAGAGAAUUCAUACUGGAGAAAAACCCUAUGAAUGUAAGGAGUGUGGGAAGGCCUUCAGUCAAAGAACACAGCUUAAUAAACAUCAGAGAAUUCACACUGGAGAGAAGCCCUAUGAAUGUCAUGAAUGUAGAAAAGCCUUCAUUCAGAAAUCUGGUCUGUCUUACCAUCAGAGAAUGCAGCCUGAAGGGAACAACUAUAUAUGUAAUGAAUGUGGGAAAGCCUUUAGUAGGAAUUCUUGCCUUGUUUAUCAUCAGUUUAUUCAUGAUAGGAAGAAACAUUAUGAAUGUAAAGUAUGUGGGAAAAUCUUCCCUCAGAACUCAUCUCUUAUUGAGCAUCAGUUCAUUCACAUGGAAAAGAAAUCUUUUGUAUGCAGUGAAUGUGGAAAAUCCUUCUUUUUGAGCAAAAGACUUAAAAGACAUGAGAGAAUUCACAGAAAAGAAAUCUCAUGAAUAUGAUGCAUGUAGAAAAUAUUUAGCAUAUUCCCUGUUUUACAGAGAAUAAAAGGUAA